AUGUUGUUUUUCUUAUACAGAUUUUUACUUUUUAUUCUUUGAAAUGUUUCCCUCAAAGGAAUGGAAAUAGAAGGAAAGGGAACAUGGUGGGUAUCACAUGCAAGAAUAAUAAUAAUAAUACAAAUGCAAAGUUGAAAUAGCAAUAGCAACAGAAGCAGCGGCAUCUUCUGCAUCUCCUUGUUGAGGUGGUUUUCAAAACAAAGGUUUCAGAUUCAUAUCAUCAUCUCAAGACCAAGAUCAUAAUAUAUAUAACAGAAGAACAAGCCCAACAUGUCCCCUUUUGAUUCUGUUCAGACAACAGCAGAGAGCAGUCACAGCAUGAGCACGAGCACUAGUCCAAGUGGUGGUGAUGUGCUUCUGAAGUGGGGUCACAGAAAGAGAUCAAGGCUCUCCAGGGCUGCCAUUGAAGACUCAUCAUCUUCUGUUCACACCAACAUCAGAAGAAUCUCUCACUCGGUUCCUCCCAACUUCUCCAUGCCGCCGCCGCCACCACCACUUGUUUCUUCUACUGCCUCCAGCGGCAGAGGUAGAAAGCACAGCCAUAGGAAUUUGGAAGAUCCCUCUUUGGGUGGAAGUGAGUCACCUUCAAGAAACAGUCAGGGGAGUAACCCAGUUGUCUCUAGAUCUGCAGCACCAAAACUUUCUUCUUCUGGCAUGGAAAGAAGUAGCAGAAGGGUACCUUCUUCUGGAUCAGUAAAGUUCCAAAAGCCAAGUGCAUUUUCAACAACACAACAAGCCUCUGAGAGAAUGAAUAAUAGUCAAGGAGAUUCAGCCUCAGUGCAGUCUGAACAGGAAGGUGGUGUUGCCACUACUCCUGCUUCCUCAUCCCUUGCUGCCAAUGGAAACAAGGUCAGUGUUGAGGUGAUUCAGUGGCCAAGGAUAUACAUAGCUCUCUCAAGAAAGGAGAAAGAAGAUGACUUUCUUGCUAUGAAAGGGACAAAAAUCCCUCAAAGACCAAAGAAGAGAGCAAAGAAUGUUGACAGGAUUCUGCAGUGUUGUUUCCCUGGGAUGUGGCUAUCAGAACUGACAAAGAGCAGAUAUGAGGUUAGGGAGAAGAAGUCCAUAAAGAAGCAAAAACGCAGAGGCUUGAAAGGAAUGGAAAACUUGGACAGUGAGUCGGAAUAGCAGCAGAUAGUGGAUGAUCAGAUUGCAGAGUGAAAGCUCAUGAUUUUGUUUUUUUUUUCUCAAUGACCAUUUUUAUUUUUGAAUAUGUAAAUUAGUGACAACCAUGGAAGGUAAAUUUUGAUUUAGUUUAUGUAAUAAAUGCGACAAUUACGUUA